ACACCUUGCCUCGCAUGUCUGACCCGGAUAUUCAACUUCAAGGCAACUUUGCACCGGUCCAGGAAUGUCCGGUUCGGGUCGGGUUGGAAGUAGCGGGUCGGAUUCCGGAUGAGCUGACCGGAGUUUAUCUUCGAAACGGUGGAAACCCCAUGUUUAAACCAAUAGGAGGCUACCACCUUUUUGACGGUGACGGAAUGGUUCACUCGGUAAAGUUGAGUGCGAAUGAUAAUAUAGCUACGUAUAGUUGCCGGUUCACUCGCACGAGCCGGUUGGUUCAAGAACAAGGGUUGGGAAGGGCGGUAUUUCCGAAGCCUAUAGGUGAGUUGCAUGGCAAACUCGGGUUGGCUCGGCUCGGCUUAUUUUAUGCGCGAGCCGGGAUCGGGUUGGUUGAUGCAAACCGGGGUAUAGGUUUGGCUAACGCCGGUUUGGUUUAUUUUAACGGCCAUAUCCUUGCUAUGUCCGAGGAUGAUCUCCCGUACGAGGUUCACAUAAAAUCGGACGGAGAUAUUUACACGGUCGGACGUUUCGAUUUUAAUGGGCAGAUUGAUUUUCCGUUAAUAGCACAUCCUAAAGUGGACCCCAUUACAGGAGAUCUUUGUUCACUAAGUUACAAUAUUUUGAAGAAACCGUACCUUAAAUUCCUCAAAUUUGACUCGAGGGGACAAAAGUCACGUGAGGUGGAUAUUUCUCUUGAACAACCUACUAUGAUUCAUGACUUCGCUAUCACGGAGAGUCACGUGAUCAUUCCAGAUCAGCAAGUUGUGUUCAAGUUAUCCGAAAUGCUGAGAGGCGGGUCACCCGUUAUCCAUGACCCGAAUAAAAUUUCUCGGUUCGGAGUGAUGUCGAAGAAUAGCGUAGACGAAUCGGAUAUCCAUUGGAUCGAUACACCGGGAUGCUUUUGCUUUCAUUUAUGGAAUGCAUGGGAAGAAUUCAACCAAAAUGGGGACAAAAUUAUUGUUGUUAUAGCGUCAUGCAUGAAUCCACCCGACUCGAUUUUCACGGAUCAUAUAAACGACCCGUUGAAAACCGAGUUAACCGAGAUCCGUUUAAACAUGAAAACGCGUCAAUCAACCCGAGAAAUUAUAGUAUCGGAAAUGAACUUAGAAGCGGGUCAAGUAAACAAGACGAAACUGGGUCGAAAAACCCGAUUCGUUUAUCUCGCAAUAGCCGACCCGUGGCCCAAAUGUGAAGGCAUAGCGAAAGUUGACGUCGUGACAAAAGAAGUGACAAGAUUUAUGUACGGACAGAACAGAUUUGGCGGGGAGCCUUGUUUUGUGCCGCGAAAAAAGGAGCAUAAAGAUGGUGAGGUGGUGAAAAUUGGACAUGAAGAGGAAGAGGAUGAAGGUCAUGUAAUGAGUUUUGUGUGGGACGAGGAGGAGGAGAAAUCUGAGUUGGUAAUAAUAAGAGCUAAAGAUAUGAAAGAGGUUGCAUCAGUUAAGCUUCCUUCUAGAGUUCCGUAUGGUUUUCAUGGGACAUUUGUAAGUGCUCAAGAGUUGGCUAAACAAACUUAA